GGCCGUGGCAGUUAACGGCGCUCGACGGGUCUUCUCUUCGCUUUGGGGGGACUCUCACGGAGACGGGGAGCAUCAUGCCGGUCCCGGACGUCAUGUUCUGCGCGCAGCAGAUCCACGUGCCCCCCGAGCUGCCCAACAUCAUGAAGCAGUUCACCAAGGCGGCGAUCCGGACUCAGCCGCGCGACGUCCUCCAGUGGUCCUACGGCUACUUCUCCGCCCUGGCGAACGGGGAGCCCCUCCCGGUGAAGGAGCGGGUGGAGAUGCCGGUGGCCACGCAGAAGAACGACAGCGGCCUGACCCCGGGGCUCCUGAAAGUGCUGCACAAGCAGCUGGCCAAGAAGGAGACGGUGGCGCUGAAGGAGCUCCAGAUCAAGUGGAAGAACCUCUGCCUGCCGGUGGAGCAGCUGCACGACCUCUUGCGGCUGGACAACUUCGACGACGGGGUGGCGUGGAUGAAGUUCUUCGCGCUGGCGUGCAGCGCCCUGGGCGGCUCCCUGGUGAGCUCGAUGAAGCACGCCUGCGAGAUCCUGACGGAGGACCCGGAGGGCGGCGCGGCGCGCGUCCCCUACGACACCUUCGCGUUCCUCUACUCGUACCUGGCCGGCUUGGACGAGGAGAUCCCGCAGGAAAAAACCGAAUCUUUUCUCGCCGCUCUCAAGGAGCAGGUGGCGCGGAAGGAGGACAUGGUCGGCGUGGCGGAUUUCUCCGUGAAGAGGAUGGACUGAAACGAGGAGGAGUUCGGGUGACGGAGGUCGUCACUGAAACGAGAGAGAGGAUGUCACUGUAUGGACCGCCACAAGAGGAUGAUGGCGAAAUUUAGUAUGUCGGGGAUAGUGAGACGGCUGUGUGGAC